AUGGCAGGGGUCGUCGAUGAUGCAUUACCUGUCCAUGCCCAGGAACAUGAAUCCAAAGUUGGCAUAGCUGAUGAUACUGAGGUUGAUGAUUGUCCUAUCGAGCAGGUUAGGCUAACAGUUCCAAUAACCGACGACCCAACUCAGCCAGCACUUACAUUUCGAACAUGGGUUCUGGGGAUGGCAUCAUGUAUUAUCCUUGCCUUUGUGAACGAAUUUUUUGGCUACAGAACCAACCCUCUAUAUGUUUCUUCUGUCUCAGCCCAGAUUGUUUCCCUCCCUCUUGGGAAACUUAUGGCUGCAACACUUCCCACAAAACAAAUUCGAGUCCCAUUCACAAAAUGGACUUUUUCUCUGAAUCCUGGACCAUUCAAUUUGAAAGAACAUGCCCUUAUCACCAUCUUUGCCAGCGCUGGAUCUAGUGGUGUUUAUGCCAUUAACAUCAUCACAAUUGUUAAGGCCUUUUACCACAGGAGCAUCCAUCCACUGGCGGCUUUCUUGUUGGCACUUUCAACCCAGAUGCUUGGCUAUGGUUGGGCUGGGAUUUUCAGAAAAUUCCUUGUUGAUUCUCCCUACAUGUGGUGGCCUGCAAACCUUGUCCAAGUGUCUCUAUUCAGGGCAUUUCAUGAAAAAGAAAAAAGGCCUAAAGGAGGAAACACAAGGCUGCAAUUCUUCUUCCUGGUCUUUGCAGCAAGCUUCGCUUAUUACAUUGUUCCAGGCUACUUUUUCCCAACAAUAUCAACUAUCUCCUUCGUUUGUUUGAUUUGGAAAAAUUCCAUCACUGCACAACAGAUUGGUUCAGGCAUGUAUGGCCUUGGCAUUGGAUCAUUUGGCCUUGAUUGGAACACUGUUGCUGGCUUCUUAGGUAGUCCUUUGGCUGUACCUGGCUUCGCCAUCAUCAACAUAUUGGUUGGAUUUGCGCUCUUUAUCUAUAUUGUGGUUCCCAUUGCCUAUUGGAAUAAUUUUUAUGAUGCCAAAAAAUUCCCCCUCAUCAGUUCUCACACAUUUGACUCUACUGGUGCAACAUAUAAUGUUAGUCGGAUUCUGAAUGCCAAAACCUUUGACAUUGAUAUGGAUAGUUAUAACAAUUACAGCAAGCUCUAUCUUAGUAUCACAUUUGCAUUUGAUUAUGGAUUGAGCUUUGCAACUCUUACCGCUACUAUUUCCCAUGUUGUCCUCUUCCAUGGAAAAACAAUCUAUCAGAUGUGGAGGAAGACAACAACUGCACUAAAAGGACAACUUGGAGAUGUGCAUACAAGAAUUAUGAAGAAAAACUAUGAACAAGUCCCUGAAUGGUGGUUUGCCACCAUUUUGGUUUUAAUGAUUGUUAUGGCCUUGAUAGCUUGUGAAGGCUUUGGCAAGCAGCUUCAACUGCCAUGGUGGGGAGUCUUAUUUUCUCUAUUAAUUGCGUUGGUUUUCACUUUGCCAAUUGGGGUCAUUCAAGCAACAACAAAUAUGCAACCUGGACUCAACGUGAUUACAGAGUUAAUAAUUGGGUACCUUUACCCUGGAAAGCCCCUUGCUAAUGUAGCCUUCAAAACUUACGGGUACAUCAGCAUGUCUCAGGCACUCGGGUUUCUUGGUGACUUCAAAUUGGGACACUACAUGAAAAUUCCUCCAAGAUCUAUGUUCAUCGUACAGUUGGUAGGUACAAUAGUUGCUUCAAGUGUCUACUUUAGCACAGCAUGGUGGCUUCUCACAACUAUUCCGAACAUCUGUGAUGCAUCAAUGUUGCCAGAGGGUAGUCCAUGGACAUGCCCUGGUGAUGAUGUGUUUUAUAAUGCUUCAAUCAUAUGGGGAAUUGUAGGGCCACAAAGAAUGUUUACCAAGGAUGGCAUUUACCCAGGGAUGAACUGGUUUUUCCUCAUUGGUCUACUUUCUCCUGUUCCAGUGUGGCUGCUUGCUCGCAAAUUCCCCAACCACAAGUGGAUUGAACUCAUCAACAUGCCCCUCAUCAUUGCAGGUGCUAAUGGUAUCCCACCAGCCAGAUCCGUGAAUUAUAUUACAUGGGGAAUUGUUGGAAUCUUCUUCAAUUUCUAUAUUUAUAAUAAGUUCAAGGCAUGGUGGGCAAGACAUACAUACAUCCUUUCAGCUGCUUUAGAUGCUGGAGUUGCUUUCUUGGGUGUGAUGCUCUAUUUUGCCCUCCAGUCUUAUGAUGUUUUUGGUCCAGCAUGGUGGGGUCUUGAUUCCACUGACCACUGCCCUCUGGCCAGAUGCCCCACAGCUCCAGGUGUAGUUGCCAAGGGAUGCCCUGUUCUCUGA